AUGAAGUUUUCUCAGAUCCUUGCCUACUUUGCCCUCGGCACCUCGGCCGCCUACGCCCUCCCCACUGAGGAGGCCGUCGCCGACGUCGAGGCCCGCGCCAACCUGCCCGGCCUCAACGCCCUGCAGACCAAGUACGCCAACGCCAUCAUCGCACAGGCCAAAAAGGACGGCGUCGGCGCGCACGGCUGCCAAGCCGGCAUCGCGACUGCCAUGGUUGAGUCAACCCUCGUCAUGUACGCCAACAAGGCCGUCCCCGCGUCCCUAAAGUACCCGCACGACCGCGUCGGCUCCGAUCACGACUCAGUCGGCCUCUUCCAGCAACGCGCCUCCAUCUAUAAGAAUGUAAAGUGUGACAUGGACGCCGCCUGCUCUGCCGGCCAGUUCUUCGCCGAGAUGAAGAGGAUCAAUGGGUGGCAGAAAAUAGCCGUCGGCACCCUCUGCCAAAAGGUCCAGCGCUCGGCUUACCCCGACCGCUACGCCAAGCAGGUCGGCCUUGCCACCAACGUCUGCAAGGCUGGUGGUCUGUAA